AAGCAAAGCAACCCAAAGGGGCCUGGGAUAGCAAAAUGGUAAGAAUGGGCCCUGGAUCAGAUCAGCAGACCGAGCCUCCAGUAAGCUGAACAGCUGGUAGAGGACAGAACUCAGAAUUAGCCUGGAGCAGCUUGCCCAACCCUUAACAACUAGGCACGUUCUCCAGAGAGUGAACUGAACUCCCCUUCUGCGCGUCCUUCAACGGCUAGUACCACCCCUCUCAGUAUCGGCCCCACUCUCGCCUGCUCCCCUCCUCCUGUGAGUACUGACUGUUAGGGACCUGCCCCUUCUACCCUCAAAUUCACUCAUCUGUCAUGGCCCCACACGGAUUCUACGCUGCCUGAGCCCGUCCACACAGAACCCAACCUUGCAAAGCCACGCCCACUGGCACUGGAGUCAGCGGCCUUCCGCGUGCGCUCUUUGCUUUGCCGUUGCUCAGGCCACAGCCCCACCCAACCAGGCUUGGUUGCCCUGGAGAGGGCAGCCGCACAGUGGCUUGGCGAUUGGACCUGGUGAGUGGAGAUGUGCAGGGCGAGGCCCGCAGAGUCCUGUCUCAUCUCAACUUGCCUCUCUCUGGGGUCCUGAACCACCAGCAUGUCGAGUGACCAGAGCACUACAGGGACCUCACCUAGGACACCGCGUCCAGGGACCCAGAAGUCUUCUGGUGCGGUAACCAAGAAGGGGGAUCGGGCCGCUAAGGAGAAGCCAGUAACUGCCCUGCCACCGGUGGGCGAGGAGGAGCCAAAAAACCCUGAAGAGUACCAGUGCUCCGGGGUCCUGGAGACAGACUUCGCUGAGCUCUGCACACGGUCAGGCUACACGUACUUCCCCAAAGUUGUCACCCGGCCACGGCCCCAACAGAACUUUCUCUCUUCCACCUCCACAUCAGAAAAAGCCCCCCAAGAUGAUCAGAGGCUGUCGGCAUCUGGUAGCCAGAACAGCCUGGAGAGCAAAUACGUGUUCUUUCGGCCCACCAUUCAGGUGGAGCUGGAGCAGGAUGACAGCAAGGCCGUAAGAGAGAUCUACAUCCGAGGUUGGAAAAUUGAAGAUAGGAUUCUGGGUAUCUUCUCCAAAUGUCUGCCCCCCCUUAGCCAGCUGCAGGCCAUCAACUUGUGGAAGGUGGGGCUGACGGAUAAGACCCUGGCUACUUUCAUCACCCUUUUGCCUCUUUGUUCAUCCACACUCAGGAAGGUGUCUCUGGAGGGGAACCCGCUGCCGGAGCAGUCCUAUUACAAGCUCAUGGGGCUGGACAGCACGAUUUCUCACUUGUCUCUGAGGAACAACAACAUCGAUGACUACGGGGCGCAGCUCCUGGGCCAGGCACUGUCAACACUGCACAGCAGCAACCGGGCCCUUGUUUCACUGAACCUGGGAUUCAACCACAUCGGGGAUACGGGCGCGGGCUACAUCGCGGAUGGCCUGAGGCUGAACCGCUCUCUCCUCUGGCUGUCCCUGGCGCACAACCGUAUUCAAGACAAGGGCGCGCUGAAGCUGGCUGAGGUCCUGCGCCCCUUCGAGCUGACCCACACGGAAGUGGUGGAGCGGAGGCGCCUGCUGCUGGAGAAAGGAACACAGGAGCGGUCUCGAUCGCCUUCCUCCUCCCGAUAUGGGGACUCCAAAAUGGACCGUGAGAAGUCUCAGAUGGCGGGGAUCAGCAAUGUUGCUUCUUCGUCAGACAAGUCGGAAAAGAUACAGUCAAUAAAAACCCCUAAGGGCCUGAGCAAGAAAAAGGAGAAGCCAGGGGAAGUUGUAAAGAAGGAAGAGAAGUCGGGACCUGGGCAGUCACCGACACAAGGGACCACUAAGAAAGAAGAUGCCACAAAGGCAGGCAAGGGGAAGGUAACCAUCCCUGAGCAGAAGAUAAGCAGGGGAAAAGGGACGAGGACGGGUACCAAAGAGAAGCGCAGCAUCCUCCUGGAAUCGGAGCACCUAGGACAGAACCUGAAUUAUAUCCAGCACUCAAAACCUCAGCUGAUUGUUGAAGCUACAGAGAUGGUUAACCCUCUCCUGGAGCCUGUGGAACACCGAGAUGGGAAGGUUUUCAUGCCUGGGAACAAGGUCCUUUUGCACCUCAACCUCCUCCGAAACCAAAUCACAGAGGUGGGGCUGGAAGGCUUCCUCACUGCUGUGCAAUACCAGGUUCAGGUCACCAAGUCCAAGACUUCAUCCAAGGGCCCCAUGGGGCUGCUGUGGUUGUCCCUGGCGAAAAAUUGCUUUGACCCGCAGUGUCCAAAAUACACCAUGAUUCAGGAACUGAUGCUGCCAAGGGACCCUGUGAAGACCAAGGUCAAGGAGGAAGAGGCCAUAGCUGUCUAGGCCUCCUACGGGUGGCCCUUAUCUCCUUGGGAGAUACCUUGGACCAGUAACAGUCUAUUGUGCUGUUCUUUGAAAAUCACUCCAGAACUGUUUGGAACAUUCGGGCUCUAGUCUGUUCAUAUUCCCUGGCUAGAUGUGGCAGAAUGGCAGCCUGAAUCAUACCAUGGCGCCAUUGUUCUACCACCUGAAAGACCCAGCAGCAUCCUCUCGACAUCUCUGGCAGCCUUAGGAUAAUGGGGGUCAGUCAGCAUAACUUAAGCUAGGACUCAUCCACCCAGCAUUUCCUGCUGCUUAUCUCCAUCUGCUUCUCUGGUUUGCAAGAGGCCAGGGUUCAGCUUUGAAAGAUGAAGGCACUCUGGAGAGGGCAUUAUAGCCAUAUUUGUACAGAAAAGGCCAAACAUUUAGACACGGCAGGUCUGGAGAGCCCAUGCCAAAACUACAGGGAACCGCCAACCCAGGUAAAGGGACAUGUCCCUCAUUUCUAGCCCCUCUGCCUACCAGAACUCCAUUUUGUCCACUCUGCUGAGUGGCUCCAGGCACCUCUCUGCUACUGCUUUAAGUCCCGGCACUGUCAAGGUGCACACUGUCAUCCAGUGUGGCUUCUCCAGUUAUAGGACAGGUCCUCUAAAGCGCCUCCUUCAGUCCCACACUUACCUGGCAUGGCUAAUCCUGAUCUGUGGGAAGGGGAAUGAGCAGAGUGAGGUGACCCCUCUCCAUGUUGUGUAGCUGAGGGUAGAACAUGACAUCCCUGCCACGAUAUCCUUUGUGUGAAGUAACCACAAUGUCCUUUUUUUGGGGCCAGGGUCAGUUGCCCAACCUCUGCUAAGAAGGUACACUCCUGAAACUUUGGAGAGGUGGUAAAACCUGGUGUGGAAGGG